UUAAUCGAUGUUUCUGUAUCUUGUUUGCGAAUUAGCUCGUGCUAGCAGGAGGUGUGACAGCAGCGAGUGAACACGGAAAGACUAUUUUCUGUUUUGAGAAUUGUCCUAGGGACAAAUACACUUGAGAUGUCCGAAAAAGAUUUUGCUCCUCUAAGUGCAGCCUGUGUUCGUGCUUUGAACGAUAAAAUGUAUGAUAAAAGGAAAGCUGCUGCCUUGGAAAUAGAGAAGAUGGUUAAAGAUUUUGAAGCUGUGAACAACACAGUGCAGAUUAAAAAAUUGCUUCGUGUAUUAGGUCAAGACUUUACUCUUUCUCAUAAUGCAAACAGUAGGAAAGGUGGUUUAAUUGGAUUGGCAGCAAUGGCAAUAGCAUUGGGUAAAGAUACAUCUUUCUACAUUGAUGAAUUAGUGUGCCCUAUUAUGUCUUGUUUUUCUGACCAGGACAGUAGAGUGCGUUAUUAUGCAUGUGAAGCGUUAUACAAUGUUGUGAAAGUUGCCCGUGGAUCUGUUUUACCUUUUUUCAAUGAUAUAUUUGAUGCAUUGAGCAAGGUAGAUAUUGUAACUGAAAGUUCUUCAUUUGAUUUAGUUGCAUUUAUGCCUCUUUUAAGAGAGAGGAUUUAUACAAAAAAUCCUUUUGCCAGACAGUUUUUAGUUUCAUGG